AAGUCGCCCUCGCGACCCGGAAGUGGAAGCACGGCAGCGCGGGAGCGACGGUUGAGGCGAGCGCGGGGUACCUGAGCUUUCCACAGCCUUGCCUUGUUGCAGUGCUUGGGCUGCCUCUGUGCCAAAGGCAGAGCAGCAGCCAAAAUGACCACCAGCCAGAAGCACCGAGACUUCGUGGCUGAGCCUAUGGGGGAGAAGUCUGUGGGCACUUUAGCGGGCAUUGGAGACGUACUUGGCAAGAAGCUGGAAAACAAAGGUUUUGACAAGGCUUACGUGGUGCUUGGGCAGUUUUUAGUGCUGAAGAAGGACGAAGACCUCUUCCGUGAAUGGCUGAAGGACACGUGCGGCGCCAAUGCCAAGCAAUCCAGAGACUGUUACGGCUGCCUGCGGGAAUGGUGUGACGCCUUCUUGUGAACGCCGUUGAUUGAAGCUUGGUGGAUGCUGUUAGGGCUUUUGUAGUUAGCUAGAGAUUGAACCUCCCCUUCUCCCCCAAGUGUAUAUUUCUUAUAAACCUUCCAGCAUCUACAAGGAGCUAUUGCUCCUGACUCCAGGAAAAAAAAAACAUCAUUGCCUUUUUAAUGUAACUGAACCUUUUCUUCUGGGGCAGGGAGUUGAAGAGGGGGAAAUGUUCCAAUCUAGAGCUCUGUAGAGGUGAUUGGCUGUCAUUUGACUUUGUUGAGCCACCUAACUCCAAAACCAUACCUGCCUACUGACAUAAGGGAGAGUUGUCAAAUCUCUUGGCUUGAGUCCAUUUGGCUUGACGUUUACCUGUUAAUUCUAAAAACAAGAAUUGUAUUAGGAUUCCCCCCCCCUGACUUGUUCCCCCUUUUUGAUCCUCGACAUAACUUUUAUGCCUGUCGGCUUAGCGACAAGAACCAAAAAUCAUUGCAAAGUUUUUAAAACAAUAAAAAUCGGAUGUGUUAAAUGCUCA